UCUUGAGUCUGGACUCGGAUCGAAUAGUUGGCAGCUACCAAUCAGGACUCUCUUGUCUUUGGUCUUCUGCGAGAGGUCAGAUCGUCAGAGUUGUGGAUUGUGGUACCCAUAACUGCUUUCUUCAAUUCAUGGAAAAUAGAUGCCCCAUUUGAUCUUUGAAGUUCAUAGAGCGACGUAUAUCAGCAAAUAAUAUUUGACGAGAGAAAAAGAAAAGAAUAAGGAAAAAAUGCUCGCAGCUGGAGAAGAAGGAGAAACACCUUGCAGGUAUGAAUUGCUAAGCAUGGUGAGGAAGCACUCAAAUUUGUUAGGAAAGACAACAGUCGAUGAGCAAGAUGCUUCAGAUGUUGAAAUGGAUCCACACUUUUGGCAUGACAUUUUGGAUAUGUAUUUCAUUUGUGGUAGAGAAUCAAGGGGACGCCAAGAUGAUGAUCUUAUAUUUUUUGUCAGGAAAAUAACCUUGCAUGGAUAUGGUUUUAAUGAUAAUGUGGAAGGGUUCCCUCCUUACUUCGUACGGAGAUGGGCACCUAAGUUGGAAAAAGUCAUGGGUGAAACUGCUGGUGAUGUAGAUUGGAGACGCUCAUUUUACUUAAACUUAAUUGCUCACACUUCGUUCACAGUUACGGUUGCAAUCUGUAGUAUUCAGGCUCUUCAGAAUUUUCAAAAUGGAUCCGAGACACCAUUAUCUCCUAUAUAUAAGGUUGUGAAGACUGUAUAUGCAUCUCCAAGUCGGGUUAAUUUCCAUCUGGACUCAAGAAAGGAAGUAGAAACAGUUCCUGCAUACCCAGACAUUUGUUUUGCAGUUGAGGAUUUUGAUUCCACAUUUGACGCAGUAGUUUUGACAGAAACGGAUCAUUGUUACUGCGUUCUUCUUAAUGCACAUGAUGGUGCAGCAUUUCCUACUGAAAAGCCCAUGCAUGAUUGCAGCUCUAGUGACAUUUCCUCCUUGAAAAUUGACAUUGACUCUGGAAGGACCAAGGACUCAAAGCUUACUCUUUUCUCAGGAUUUGUCAGUUAUCAAAUGGUUAGAGAAGCAUAUGAUGCUGGGAGAUCUCGAUUUGGGAGCUUGUUGUCAAUUGGCAAUUUUCCUGCUAAAACGGAUAGACUUUACAUGAAGGGUCCUGGAGGACGUGGAGAAGUUGAAGUAGCUGUUUCUGGUGUCGAAGAUCAAAGCCAGCAGUUUUCAGGCCCUCAUUCACCUGUUCAGAUGUCCAAGAAAGGUUUUGGCAUCAGUACAAUUGUCCGAAAAGCUGCAUCAGCUGCUUCUGUGGCAGCUAAGCAUGCUUAUGCUGCUGCUUCUGCCGCCAGGAGAUCUGAUGAAGAGAUGUUGCCCCUGAAAUGUUGCUUGAUGUCCAUAUCACUGCCUUGGGAACACAUUGUGCAUGAUCUUUUGUUCAAGGGUAGCCCUCCUGUGAAUUUAUGAUCAUCUCAGCCUCCUACAGUGAUUAUGAGUUCGGCAUGAGGAGGUCCACCACCUUUUAAUGGCACAACUUCGAUUGGGUACAUGUGUCUAAGCUGUAUGUAGGAUGUCUCUUCUUCCCUCCUACACAUUUCCUCCCUUUUUGUUCAUAUUGCUUGUUUCUACUUACCAUUUGUUUUGUAAUGUGUUGUGUGGUUUAGGAUCGUAGCAAUAUUAACGUUUGUGUUAGCUUAGGACUUUGAGGAAAAAGGGGGGGGGGGGGGUUGGGUUUGAAACUGUUGUAUAAAUGAUCAGUCAAAAAAGGUCUCAAAUAUUGGUAUGUUUUUCUGUCCCCAUAUUCACAGUUAAGUUUCAUGAUGCUGUGGUUGAUCUAUGACUUGAGUUCUUUGGAUAUGAUUUUACCCCCUCCAUUUGGCUUUA